UUGAAUAAAGUUUAUUUUUCCAUCAACAGAUCGCUCCAUUUUCUAAAUUUCAACAGAUGUUUACCAAAUUUGUUUUCCAAAAUAGCCGUUUCCGGCUAAGCUUGUGACAGAGCACGAUGAAUUUCAGCACAUUGACGUGCCCUCACACUGGCUUUACUGCUGACGUCAGUAAAGCCACUAAUGCUCAGAUUAUCAAUGGGCUUGAAAUUUCUAAGAAAAUAAAAUCCUUACUUCGGAGCGAAAUAAAAUACUUGAGGAAUACCUUCAGUCCUUCUCACAGCGCCAGGCCUAAGCUAGGGUAUGUCAUUGUUGGAGACAAGCCAGACUCCCACCUCUACGUGCGCAUGAAGAAGAGAACUUGAAGACAAAUUGGAAUAGAUACAGUUGGAAAAUAAAUUCCAUGAAUCAACUCCACAAUGUGAGAUAGAAGAUUAUGUCAAAGACCUUAAUUCAGACCCUUCAGUGAAUGGCAUUCUGGUUCAAUUACCUCUUCCUGAUAAAUAUGAUAGCACUAGGAUCUGAGACAUGAUCUCUCAUGAGAAGGAUGUGGAUGGUAUCCAUCCUCUCAACAUGGGCGCAAUGGCUCGACAUGAAGACCCCUUCUUCACACCUUGAACUCCAAAAGGGAUUAUGUGACUGAUCAAGUCAGUUUGUCCUGAAAUUAGAGGGAAGAAGGCAACCGUGAUCGGAAGAUCAAACAUUGUCGGUAUGCCGAUCUCCAUGCUUCUCCAAAAAGAGUUUGCAACAGUUACCUUGUGACAUACAUAUACUCAAAAUUUAAAAGAUGAGAUUUCAAAUGCUGACAUCGUUGUUUCAGCCACUGGCUGUCCUUAUCUCAUAAAAGGGGAUUUCAUCAAAAGUGGAGCCAUCGUCAUAGAUGUCGGAACCCAAUAUAUUGAAGACCAAUCUCGAAAGAAUGGGAAACGCUUGGUUGGAGACAUUGACUUCCAAAGCGUCAGCACCCAAGCAGGCUAUGUCACUCCUGUGCCUGGAGGGGUUGGACCCAUGACUAUCUCCAUGCUCAUGGACAAUUUAGUCCUUGCAUGGAAAAGAAAUAAUUUUGAUCACGCUAGGGAUCAAGUCGAAGCCCUUGAGAUGAGCAAAAGAGAAUUUAUGUUCUCAAGUUCAAUUUCUAUGGACCACAAUAUUUUCUAAUAUCGCACUUUCUUCGAAAAAUCUAUCAUUUCAA